AUGGAACGGUCGUAGCGCUAAAGAUGUCGCGCACGACACAAAAAAAGUGUUUCAAGAAGAACAUGAUGGCGGCAACUAACCCAGGACCAAGAUGACAGUGGACAUCAAAAUACAACUUCUCAGGCAUUUUGCUGGCUAGCAGACACGGAAGCGAAAGUCACUGGGCUGACAUAGAACCCAGCCUUCAUCCGAGAGCCACGACCGGCAGAUUCAAGUCGAACGUAAAUGCAGAUUGCCGUAAAACGGGUCCACGCAAAGGUCCAGUGCUGAGCGCAGGCUAGAGGAGAGGAGGGGGAAGCGAGACAUGUUGCUACAGAAAACUAGCAUCUUCAUCGGAGAGCCAUGGAGAACGCGGCCCCAUCAAAUCACGGCUUAAUCUCCUCCAAUAUAUUACUUGAAUGUGAAUUACAGAUAAUCGCGGUGGUAAACCAGCAGCACUACCUACGACCCAACAUUUAAGAGGUGAAAAACGCAAAUUAGACCCCAAGUCAAUGAAUGUUGCGGCAGAGAAACCCCCACGGUGGAGUCGGCCGGUGAAGAAGCGCGUUCCCAAAAUAUGACCUGGGGUGCUUGGACGUGUCUGCAGCAAGAAGACGGCUUCAAAAUCUGGCUAGAACCCCGCGAGAACUUAAAGCCAUUCGCCGACUCAGAGAGGGCCCAGAGAUGGCGACUGUCCUUGGCUUCACUCUUGUUUCUAACCAUUCUGCUCUCUGAUCACUUAUGGUUCUGCGCCGAGGCGAAAUUGACAAGGACCCGUGAUAAGUUUGCAUUGACGGACAUGGGAGUUUACCCGUCUGCAAACCCCAUCCCAUCAUCCAGCCUCCAUUUAGCACACAGCAGCCUCAGAGAAAACGAAUAUGCUAUUUUUAUAGGGAAUUCUACCAAACCUUUGUGGCGACUUGAAACUUGCCACCACGAUAGUUUAUCUAAAAACUGCUUUACUUUUAUUGACGCCGAUCAUUUGUGCAAGGACCUUUCGGGAAAAGAACGGACCCGGACAGUAAAUAUAAGUGAUUUGUACCUUUCAUUUUGUAAUUCUUAUUCUCUUUUGGAUUUGUUUUACGGGUCUACGAGUCCGGACAAUUUGAACUGCAGUCCUGACGUGCUUAUUGAUGGCGAUGUGGCGAGGUGCAGCCUGUGCGUCCAGGCGUACCAGCGCUACGACCAACACGCCCUGGAGAAAUAUGAGGAAUUUGAGCUUAUGACUCAGAAAUAUGAAACGGAUGCAUAUUCAGUGAGAACAUGCAUGGAUGAAUGCAAGGCUGCCUACAAACCGUGGCUGUGUGCACAGUAUUUCCCCACCACACAGAGGCAUUGUAGAAGGACAGUACCUUGUCUCCAGUACUGCCUUGAGGUUCAGCAGAGGUGUCCCUUCAUACUACCGGACAACGACGAUCUCAUCCACGGAGGAAGCCCCAGCUUCAUAUGUACAGGGCUACUGGGGAGCCAUGGGCAGCCCAACAGCCAGGCAGAGUGCUGCGACGUUCAGUGGGACUCUAAACCGGACAACCGUUCUCGUGGGACGCUGAAAAGGACUCCAACUCCCUCCUGCCAUCACCAACAGGGGGCAUCGACAUCAGUCACCUCGGCCGCCACACCCACCAGACAGUGCAGCAGUAGCGGCCGGCUGAAGCUGUGCAUGCUGGUCUUUGUUCUCCUGCACACCGUAGUCACCAUUACCACCGCAUCCCACAAUUCCACUGGGGUCGUCGGUGUGGCAGCCAUUUUCCCCCUGGAGGAAAGCUCCUCCAGUGAGGAAUAAUGGAAAAAAUGUGCAAAAAAACUCAAUGUUUUAUUUGUGAAUGAGUGAGUUGCAAAACCGGUUCUGACCAGUUCUGGCUCUCUGUUCAGAAAGAACCCUGGAAGGUCCCUGGUAUGUGCUGUCGAAGCCUCUUUGGGCCACAGGAAGUGAGAGCAAUUUACCCGGAGCAAAGGAUUGUAGUCAUGUGGUGAGGCGACGACGUGGGUGGGGCCAACACAUCUCAGACCAAAGGAUCAAUAUCAUAUCACCGUGUCAAUCUAAACCUGAGUUCACCUUUUCAGUCUCUUGUUUCUUCAGGAUGUACUUCAUAGUUUUUUUCUCCUCCUGGUUCAGUUGUUUGUGGAGUUUGUUGGAAUGUGAGUGGGUUGUCUUAGAACACAUAAGAGGCAGAGAAUAUUGAAAAAGGUAUCACCAACCUGUGUGUUUUUAUCCACCCCUCUCUUAACCAGUAACAUUUAGCUGCUCCUGGAUAUGCUAACAAUAUUCUUAACUCAAACACUCACAAACAGAAAGAGUAAACACUUAUUGAUCCCCCCUGUCCUGGUGGAUACAUAGAACAUUUCAGUCAUAUCAGGGUUCUCUCAUGGCAGUACAUAUAACUCUAAUACAGAGCCAGUGAAGAGCAGGUGUACUAUACCUUUCUACACUGUUUUACCGACCUGAACCGUAUUGUGCUCACUUGGAUUAUUUUCCUUACACGGUUGCAUGUAAACCAGGCCAGUGAAGUACAGUACAGCUCAGCUCAUUUUAGCUCGGCUCAGUUGUGUGAAUAGGGUAGCAGUGGAGGUCUUGUCACAUGGAUUCAAAAUGUUCCCACCAAUGGACUUCAGUGUACUUCCGAGUUCAUAUUAUUUGAGCCAAUAAGUUUCUCUCUCAUUAUCCUGUGUCAUGCGUUUGUAUGUGAUGGGCCCAAAGGGGACGUCAGAUUUACGAAGUUCAAUUUACCUCAAAUCAAGUGACCUAUUGGCUUAGAUUGACUUUUUCUAAAGCAGUACAUCCAAGAACCGUAUGUUUGGCUUUUAUAUUUGACUCACUUCACUUCACACAGUGGGAGAGGCGUCACAAGACCUGGGUUCAAAUACUAUUUGUUCUCUUUGAAAUAUUUUAGCUGUACUCGAUUGAGCUUGCCUGGCGCAAUGUAACCAAUGGGAUUGUCCCAAAAGUAUAACUGAAAAUCUUGCCCAUCUCAUCUCCAGACAAGCUCAAUCAAAUGCUCAACACACUUGACAGAAAACGGAUACAAUUUUCCAUACCCUCUACAAUCAUACAUACCCUCUCCUCUUUGUCUCUAUUUGACCUUAUUGACCUCAUUGUGACCAAGAUAAUCACCUUGUAUCUUUACACAGAGCUAAGGCCUUAGCUAGUAGGCGUUUGUGUGAAGGUAAGGAGUUCUCAAGGGAUGGCUCUACAUACUGCAUUUCCUUCCGUUGGUGUGACUGCUGCUAACCGGUACUCAUUGAUAUGGCACAUUUGGGAAGAAAUCUGAUAGGCUCCUUAUGCUUUCACCUUUGACCUUGACAUCCCUGUCUUAUCCUUCCCGUUCAACUGAGUAGCGCAUAUUAUGACACCUUUGUUUUUUCUAUAUAAUCGGUACUGCCGGAAUAACUCUGAAGUCAACCGUACUCGGGCAUGAAGACAUCAAUCUGACGAUUAAGGUGACAUUUCCUCAAGACCCUGAUCUUGGGUCAGUUCUGCAUUUGACCCACUAAUGGUAGGUGUUAGAAUUGGAGGAGGGAAACUGAUCCUAGAUCUUUCCCUAGGGAAAACUUCACCCUGAAAGUCUAUGUGAUUUAGCCUUUUCACAUUAUUUUCCCCUUAGGUUCUCGUAACAGUUGAUUUUCUCACAGACACUCAUCGAGGUGAACUGUUCUUUGUAGCAAUCAAUGAGCAACAUUACUUUAUUGUUUCCCUCACCUUUACUUUAUUCCCCCAAAAGACAGCAGCGGAUGUACCCCUCUCUGUAGAAAUAAUCUCCCACAAACUCCCCCAAACAUUCAUGAUCUGAACCUUGUGGAUCUAUGCAGAUGUCCUACCCCUGUCUGGCCCCGUACAUACUCAAGUUGCACAACUGAUGUACAACACAUUUGGCACAAUGGUUGUGAUACAACUGAUGUUUUUGUGAUUCAACAGAGAGUUUGUCUGCACAAUGGUUGUGUAAUUAUUUUUCUGGAAAAAAAAUACUAUGUUGAAUGACAUGUUAUGCCAUAUGCAUUGUACUUCAGUUGAACAACUGGAGUGUUUACUGGUGUAAAUAUGUCCUAGAGAAGUGAGAUAUUCAAGAUGUCCACCUCUUGGAGAUUUCUGUUUUUCUAUUUAGGGGAAGCUUCUUGUGUUUGUUUUUCUUGUUUUUGGUUGCAUUUUCUGUUAAUGGUCUCACUUCAAACAAACUACAACUUGUAAAGGCUUUAUAAGCAUCUACAGUUUGUAGUACUUAUGAGUACUUUAUGUAUGCUUUAUAAAGCCUUUUAAUGUUGUACUUCGUUUGAAGUUGGACCUUGUUAAGAACUGUCUACAGCAUUGUAUGUCAGACCAGUAGGAAAGAGAAGAUUGGGAAAAGGUGUGAUAGGUGUGUGCAAGGAAAAUAAUGAAGAAAAAGAAAAUUGUAAAAAAAAUUUUACACAGAUACCUUAUCUUACUAUUGUCAUAUUAUCAUACGAUAGAUGCUUUAGUGCAAUUAUCUUUUCUUUUUCUACAAAAGAGUUUGAUGAAAUAAUUUAUAAUGCGUCUCGAAAGUCAUCAUCUUUUUUGAACAUAAGAGAAAUGCAGCCACAUUUAUUAAAAUUUUGUUCAAAAUAAAUAAAACUAUGUUAAAUAUGA